ACCCCACACCACAAACCCAUUCUCCCCAUUUCACGUCCAUUUAUCUCCGUAUACUUCAGAUACCCCCUCUCUCUCUCUCUCUCUCUCUCUCUCUCUCUCUCCAGUCUCCACACCAGACUUCCCAGGAGAUAGCAUACAAUGGCCGAUGCUGAGGACAUUCAGCCACUCGUUUGCGACAAUGGAACAGGAAUGGUUAAGGCUGGAUUUGCUGGAGAUGAUGCCCCAAGGGCUGUGUUCCCUAGCAUUGUAGGUCGACCUCGUCACACUGGUGUGAUGGUCGGCAUGGGCCAGAAAGAUGCAUAUGUUGGAGAUGAAGCCCAAUCCAAGCGUGGUAUCUUGACGUUGAAAUACCCAAUAGAGCAUGGUAUUGUGAGCAACUGGGAUGAUAUGGAGAAGAUCUGGCAUCACACAUUUUACAACGAGCUUCGAGUUGCCCCAGAAGAGCACCCCGUCCUCCUCACUGAAGCUCCUCUGAACCCCAAGGCUAAUCGUGAGAAGAUGACCCAAAUCAUGUUUGAGACCUUCAACACUCCUGCUAUGUAUGUGGCUAUUCAGGCUGUCCUUUCCCUAUAUGCUAGUGGUCGUACAACUGGAAUCGUGCUGGACUCUGGCGACGGUGUUAGCCAUACAGUCCCAAUCUACGAAGGAUAUGCCCUCCCACACGCCAUCCUUCGUCUUGACUUGGCGGGCCGUGAUCUCACCGAUGCCUUGAUGAAAAUCCUAACUGAACGUGGCUACUCCUUCACAACCACAGCAGAGCGUGAAAUAGUGAGGGACAUGAAGGAGAAGCUAGCUUACAUAGCCCUAGACUAUGAGCAAGAGCUAGAGACUUCCAAAACAAGCUCCUCAGUCGAGAAGAGUUAUGAGCUUCCUGAUGGCCAAGUGAUCACCAUUGGCGCGGAGCGUUUCCGGUGCCCUGAGGUCCUUUUCCAGCCAUCCAUGAUUGGAAUGGAAGCGGCAGGAAUACAUGAGACCACUUAUAAUUCUAUCAUGAAGUGUGAUGUGGAUAUCAGAAAAGACCUCUAUGGAAACAUCGUGCUGAGUGGUGGUUCAACCAUGUUUCCAGGCAUUGCUGAUAGAAUGAGCAAAGAAAUUACUGCUUUAGCCCCAAGUAGUAUGAAGAUCAAGGUUGUUGCCCCACCCGAGAGGAAGUACAGUGUCUGGAUAGGAGGAUCCAUCUUGGCAUCUCUCAGCACCUUUCAGCAGGUUUGGUAUCUUUUCAUGUUGACUUUUGAAUGUUUCAUUCAUGCUAGCUACCAUUUGAAUGUCAGUGGCCUCUUGGCGGGCUUGUACCUAUGUUACAUGGAGUCAGUUACUGGUGUCGGGUGGUAUGUGUCUAAGUGUCAAAAUCAUCUAAUUUGCAUCUCAAUGAUACUAAGGACACACCAAAAUAUUCCUACUUCGUAGUAGAUUUUGUCUAUUUGCUAUGAUAAAUAGCACUAAACAAAAUAUGUUAGGACAUUUCAUGCAUAAUACAGGAGUUCCAUACAUAUAUCAUAGCAAAUUCAAAUCACAAAAUAUGCUUGUUAUGUGAAUAUCCAACUAAACAUGCCGAACAUGGGUCCCAAACCAUCUCCGAGUGUCAAGUGUUCGGUAUGGUAAGUUUUUGUAUUUAAAAGAUUCUGUGUACCAUAGGUUUCUACCAUAUGAUUUUUACUGGACUUAUUAGUUUUUUCUGAUAUUUUUACUUUUGAUUUCCGAUCCAACUUUUUGCUUGGUUGAGUGCAGAUGUGGAUAGCAAAGGCAGAGUACGAUGAGUCUGGACCGUCAAUUGUGCAUAGAAAAUGCUUCUGAUUGCGCAGGAACAUAGAUGUGGAAGAAAGAAACUACUUUUUACUUCUGGGAGAUAUGAAGCUUGCGACCGUUCAUUCUAUCCCUUGUUUUCUUCAUUUGUUGGGUUGAUGACUUUGAGAAGGCGAGGAUGUUACAUUUCUUUUAUUUGUAACUUAAGUUUAGAGUUUUUGGAUUGUUUUCAUGAUAUUCGUUUUGCACCUUCCUUUAUGCCCAUUUUUUAGUUUGAGCAUAUGCAUCAUCUUUCAAAAGUUGUGGUUC